CUAGCAGCCACCCUGCCUUUUGUUUGUUUUCCUGAAGGAGGCUGGAGAGCAGCCGGGUUCCAGCUGCACUGCCAUGCGCCCCGCGGCCCGGGCGACUCGCCGGACCUGCCGGGCGUCCCUACGCGGAGCCUGCGGCCCAUCCUAGCAGGCAUCGCCCCGCUUGCCAGUUCCGGGGCCGGCGGCGGCGCCCCACUCGCCGACGAGCUGCGCUCUCCGCAGGGGCGGGCCCCCGCCUGAGUCCGCGGCGCCAGCAGAAGACUGAUCUUUGAAAAUAUGUAUUUGGGAGAUAGUCACGUUCUAUUGAAUACCUUGUGCUGUUGCUGCCAUCGAAAAAUCUGGUUACACUCUGGGGAGGCCUGCUACCACUGCAGGACUGAACCGCCGCGGCCCUGA